UCGAAGGUGGCAAUGGUGGCUCAAGCUUGACGGCGGCAAACUCAUGCCUCUCGUAUCUCUGGCGACAUCCAACGAUGACGUGAAGCUGAUUGGGAGCGCAUGCAACGAAUCAUGCCAUGUGUGGACGAAGAUUGAAACCGCACAGACCAGCCCACCUACAACACCAAUCCCGGCCUAAUAGAAUACAGCAAAACAAAGCUCACUGCGGCGUACUGCGGCGGCGGCGGCGGCGAUGGGGCGCCACGACGUCUCUGUAUUCGACGAUGAAGAAAUUGGGCGCGUGAUGGAUUUAUUCUUCACCGAUGGCGUACUGGGGUUGGACGGCGGCGUAUCGCCGGAGGAGGAGGAGGAGGAGGAGGAGGUGGAGGUGGACCUCGAGCCCUUGUUCUACGACGAGGCUGCGACGGUGGCGGAGUCGGUGGCGGCGGCGGAAAGGCGGCGGGUGCGGGAAGAGGAUCGCGCGCGGGUGGUGGAGCAGCAGACCAAGGUGAGGAAGGCGAAGGAGGCCUAUUUCAAGAAGAACCGCAAGUUCAAUCCCAAGACUGGCCUUCACUACUUCACCAGAAUAUUCUUCAUUAACCCCCUCACCUUCGACCUCAACGAGGAGUCUCCUCUUGGUCCAAUGCGAUACACUGACAGAAUCUACAAUGAGCAUGAGGCACUGCGGAUGCGCAACUCUGUAAACAUUCUUUCAGUGAAGAUACUAAGCUCAGAUGUAGGCUUCCCGAUUAAUGUUUAUGGCACUGUAAUUGCUAGAGACAGCCUCGAUGAGAAGUGCAUUUAUCUCUUCCGUCGCCCUAGAGAUGAUUGCCAACUCAUCAACUCAAAGGACGAUUCGUUGAUCUUGACUGGCCCAACUCGAGGACUCGUGUUACAAGACGCUGUAUAUUUUGAGGUUGAUCUCAGAAUUAAGGAUGACCGAUUAAGAGGGAAGAAAAAAGAGCAUAGCAAGGGAUUGCUUAUGAUUGAUGGCAUCCGAAGAACAAUAAAGGUCAAAACUGAGGUCGAAAAUGACACUUUUGUCGGUAAGCUCGGCACCGUGGAGUUGAGAUAUGCAGUUAUUAAAGACGCAGUGGAGGCUACUGUUGAAAUCAAGGUUGUGGAGGGAUAUUUCUGUGGAGAAGUCGCAGCUUGCACCACCAACAUUCAAGAUAAAGUUGUUCUUCUUGAUAGCAGAACAUGCUGUGUGAUGGCCGACAAUCUUGAUGUCCAGUUAUCUCGACGUGUCAUGGCUGUCCACAACAAGGAGAAGCUUCUGUUGACCGUUGUUAAUCAGGAUGACGAAGUUCCAACUGGCUGUGUUACGCAAACCAUUGAUUUUACUCCAAAAUUCAAUGGUUCAGAUGUGACUGAAGUUACUUGUGGUAGUGUUAAGAUGCUUGUGAAGGUUACUUGGUCUCUUAUGGUCUGAUGACAAAUGAGGCGCAGUACACCGUACUUGUGAAGCCUGUGGCGCCUUACUUAAUCAUAUAUUGUUAAUAAUGCAAUGCAAUAUAGUAAAUUUUGUCUAAACAAAGUUCAUUGUUCUUAUACCCUUUUGUUUUAAUUUUUUUGCUGUCAACUUUGAUUGCAAUAUUAUGAUUGUGUUAAAAAAACAA